AGCCCAUAACAUGCAAAAUCUAGUGUUAAGUGAAAUUAAGCCUAGAUUUUGCAUGUUAUGCAAAUGAAGUGAGUUGCCAGAAUGAUAACUGCUAGUUUGGGAUCGUAGUUAUAUAUUCUGGCAUUUUUUUCUUGAAUCUUGAUAUAAACAUAAUUGAGGUGUUUUUACGUUAUAAAAUUAGUUAUGACAUUGCCGCGAUAAACAAAAGUUAGGUGAUAUUCUAAGACGCAAAUUUCGCCGGGCAAUUCCGGAAACAGGGAAAAUAGUGAAACGAGCCGUUAUUAAAUUCGGAUCCUGGUAUAGCAUAGUUGGGACCCGAGAAGCUUGACCUUUUUCUCAUGGUAUAGGCAGCUUCACUUCACAACUCUCCGUGACUUUGGUCCGCUGAUUUACACGUUAAUCACCGAAAGCAAGGUGAAAAAGGAUACAAAUUCACAAUGGCGAGGAGACGGUUGUUGCUUUUAUUAAAGCCUUUCGAUGUGUUACCGACAAACCAAUCAGAUAACAUUUUUCAUUUCAGAAACCCUAAGUUAUUGCAGGUACUAAAAUAUCUAGACAAUAGACGUCUGGUUCACAAGGAGGCUAUAAAAUUCUGUCAGAACAUCUUGAGGAAAAAGCUUGUUGACUGGGAAGCUGUUUAUCGUUUUAAUCUAUCUCGGCCGAUCCGUGAUGUAGAUUUAGUAGUUACAAUAGGAGGAGAUGGUACAUUAUUGCAGGCAAGCCAUUUUGUGGAUAAUUCGAUUCCUGUUCUAGGAGUAAAUUCUGACCCAACUCAAGCAAAAGAGGUUGAAGAAUACAGUGAAGAGUUUGACGCUUCAAGGAGUACAGGAUUUCUUUGUGCGGCAACUAUCAAGAACUUUGAACAAAUAAUAGAUGACAUCCUUGAAAAUCGUGCUAGACCUUUUGAAGUCUCAAGGAUGUCAGUCACUCUCAACUCAAAGGAACUGACGCCUUACGCACUUAAUGAUGUUUUGAUUGCUCAUCCUUGUCCUGCUACAGUUUCCCGAUUCUCAUUCAGAACAAAGAAAGAGGACCAGUCUUGUUCUUCUCUGGUGCAUUGCAGAUCAAGUGGACUUAGAGUGUCAACAGCCGCUGGGUCAACAGCUGCAAUGCUUUCAGCAGGUGGAUUUGCAAUGCCAAUUUUAUCCAAAGAUCUCCAGUAUAUAGUGAGAGAACCCAUUGCUCCUGGAGCUUACAAUAGCCUGAUGCACGGCAUUGUGAAGCCUGAGGAGUUGAUGGAAAUUGCAUGGUAUUGCAAAGAGGGGCUGAUUUAUAUUGAUGGCUCUCAUCUUGUCCACUCUGUUCAAUAUGGGGAUAUCAUUGAACUCUCUUCCAACGCUCCAAAAUUGAAAGUUUUCUUGCCAUCCCACUUGAUAUCUUGAGAGCACAAACAUAUAGAAUUGAGUUCUUGUAAAUUUGAUUGCAUGAAGGUGUAAAGGUCGGUCAGAAUCUCCUUUAACUCUUGUAGCCUUUUGUGCUGGUGCACAAUGCUAGAUGGUGGUAGCUUUACUUUUUCACAGCUCAAAAGCUGCAGGGAAGAUGGUUGUGCGCUAGGCUUCUACCCUCUAGACAUGUAACUCCUGAUUAAUUGAACUUAAAAGAGGAAGAAGCUGUCAGCUGUGCAUCAUGCUUCAAAGUAGUCCGAAUCAAUACAAGAGAGGUAGUUUCAGGUUGAAGAAGCUUAUAUCCUGAAAGCAUUGUUGUAGACUUUUAGUAUGAACAUUGAGGCAUUAGAAUUGUGCCCUCCUUAGGGAAGGGUGUUGUUGA